AUGGCACUAUUGAGAGGCAUAAAUCCAGAUUCUGCACUGGUUUAUUUGUUGGUCUAUGUGGAUGAUAUUCUUCUAAUGGGAAGUGAUCAGCCUCUAGUUACUCACUUACUCUCAAAAUUGUCUGCCACUUUCAAGAUUAGAGAUCUUGGUGAACCAAAUUUUUUUCUUGGCAUUGAAACUGUUAAAUGUGAUGAUGGAAUUCUAUUGUCUCAACCACGAUAUAUGAAUGAUAUUUUGAUACGUGCCGGCAUGGCAGAAUGCAAAUCUCUCUCUACUCCUAUAUCUGUUUCAAAAAUUGUUCCCUUUAGUGCACACUUAUAUGAUGAUCAUACGCAGUAUAGGAGCCUGGCUGGAGCACUACAAUAUCUCACUGUUACACGACCUGAUUUAUCCUUUGCAGUUAAUCAGCUUUGUCCACAUCACAUUGGGAGCAGCUGA